UUAGUUUCAGCCUAGCAAGCAGACUACUCGCAGGAUACAUUGAGUGUACUGCAAGAGUACUCGUAGAGUCCUCUGCUGAGUCUUCUCGACUCCAGAACGCGCGCAGCUCGAGCUCGACGGGUUGGGUUGCGAUACAAGCGUUUGCAAAAGCGAACGUUAUUAUUCAACAAGUAAAAAUGCUGGUUUUUCUUGCCUGAGUCGUUCGCUUGGAGUUCUUCGACUACAAUUUUUGUGGUGCAUGCCGCGCCGCGUUGUAGUUUGUGUUGGCGAGUAAGUUGUUUACAUUACAAGUUACACCGGCUCCGUCAUGGACCAGUUUUCACUUUUCAGUCUUCGUAGGUCACAGUGCGAAGAAACCCGGAGAGCUGACGACUGGUGUUUGGCACUCGUGACUCAGUGACAUUCGGCUUCGGUCAUGGGGAAGAAUGUGACAUAGUUUACUCGUUUCGUACUUGUUGCCACGUGUAUGGCCUUAUGGCGUGAAGGACGCAAGCAUGGGAGAAUGGCAAGCUUCAGCCUUGUUGUGGUUGGAACCGUACCUGCAAAGGAGACUGCGGCAACAUGGACUCGUCAUGGAUUUGUUGGACUACUUUGUAUCGCACCAGGUCCUGGACCUUCAUGGCAUCGAUUACCAAACAUUAGCCGAUAAGCAGCUGAGCAAUCCGGACAGAGUGAAGAAGAUGGUAGGAGUGUUAGCUGCGUUGUGCCGCGACUCCGGCCGGCUGCUGCCACCGCGGCCACGGAGUUCUGAAGUGGACGUGUUCGACAAGUUUUGCAGUGCAAUGCGGCAUGUCGGACACAAAGAUCUUGUCGACCUGCUGCAAGCCAAAGCCGCCGUGGACAAAGAGAGUGGUGGCUAUGACUUUGGGCGUGCGCGGCAGCCUGCAGUGUCGCCGCCCCUGCCCCCGGAGGAGGCUCCCUCCCAUGCAGUGACCUGGUCAUAUCCAGGCUACAGUGUGCUACGAGUGCCGGUGGAUGAGACAACUACUUGCCGCUCCGUGCAUCCCGGCGGUGUCUCUGCUACUCUGCUGCCUGUGGAGGAGACUCCGGUGCUAGCACACUCUGGACGUGGUUGCAUCACAGCCGUGCCUUCCAGUGACCAGGCGAUACCAGUACCAACACCUGUCUAUGCGAGGAUGUGCAAUCAUGCUGUCACAGCAAUUGCCAGUCCAGAGUCACCACUGUGCGGAGAGUACAUUUACAGUCCUCAGAGUCCAGGAACAGCAGUACCUGUGGAGGAGACAAUGGAGCAGGGAAUUACCACUGAGUCCCAUGGGAAUACGCAUGCCAUCCCACCGAGCCAGCUGCUGUCGCCGGAACGUGCGGUGCAGCAUUCCCGACCGGCGACUUGUGUUGAGAGGUAUCACACGCUGCUGCUUAGCCUGUGCCAUGCCGAAUGUGAAAGAACAGACGCUCUGCACACGCUGGGUGGAUGCACAUUCGAAUAUGUGUGUAUGCAGGCUGUACGGCCAAGGGACACUGACUGUCAGCGCGCACAACACCGUGGGUACUUGCAAUCCUUAGCUUUAGCCAGAGCUCACCAAGCACAGCAACAGAAACAGGAGCACGAGAGUGACAUUCUAUUUUCACUUGAUGACCCGUCUGUGUUGCUCACAGGGUCGGUUGAGCAGCAGCAGCAGCAGCCAGUGAGCGGACAAGCUGCGAUAUCUUCAGCGACGACAACAGCUGCACGGGAUCUGCCUGCUGGAGUACCUUGUAAGACGAUUGUUGUAGGUGAAUCCGGCAAGGGCAAAACCAUGCUCUGUCAGCGUGUACUCUUUGACUUUCUCCAUGGGGCACGUACACGUCUCCGCGAUCGGUUUGAUUACAUCAUUCCUAUUAGCAUCCGAGAGAGCAACAGCCUGUCAACCAGUGACCCUGAUGCCUUCCUGGGUCUAAACCACCCUGCACUUGCCUUUAAUGAGCAGGAGCGGCAAGCUGUUAAGCAGCACUUGGCGGAGAACUCUUCCCGGAUUCUUCUGAUUUUCGACGGUAUUGAUGAGAGCAAGUCGAGCGCUUUCAGCCCUGACUCCGCAGCACAUGCAUUCUUGCAACGUCGGCAGAGUGUCCUGAUGGAUGCGUCCGCGCUCAUAACAAGCAGGCCUGGCCAGCAGGCAUGCCGCAUUUCAAAGUCCUGCAACCGGCACUAUCGACUUGCUGGCUUCACUGACGCGCAGCUGACCAGGUUUGUUGACAGGCAUCUUGGUGCGGAGGCUGGCAAGGUGUGCAUAUCAAGCCUGGACCUGGCAUCACGCCAGCACUUGAAGCAGGCUGUGCAGAGUACUCCGCUACUCGCUGCUAUUCUGUGUCAGCAGUUCAGCCUGUCUCAGUCUGUGCCAUCAACAACAACUCUCUUUUUCGUGCACUACCUUUGCUCGGCUAUUGCACGCCUUGAGCAGCGGCGUCCAGAGGAGUUUGGCACUGUUACUCUAUCAUGCACUGCCGCAAGCCAGUUCAAUGGAGGCCAAGUAUUCCAGUGCGGAGAAGAGGUCGGCCUCUACACGGUUGUCGAGCAUCAUCUGGAGCAGUUCGUCAUGACCGACACCAGUAGCCGUUCAGAUGCGGUUCAUGUUGUCAGUGCAUUGCAAGAACUGUACCGCGUGAGCCUUGACGGUUUGCUCUUGGGCCAGCACUCGUUUGAUUGCUCCAAGUUCACACGGACGUCAGCGUGGUGGUGCUUGGAACUCGGUGUUCUGGUGUCGGAGAGAGACCAUCAUCGCUCUCUCUAUGGCUAUGAAAAGCGCGUUGCCCUGCCGCACCCGACAAUACAGGAGUGGUGUGCUUCACGUGCAUGCACGUCUGCAGCGGAUCUGUCGUCCAGCACGGCGCACUGCUUGAUUAGCUUUGGCGUUGCUGAAGAGCGCUGGGGCUUCUGGAAGUUUGUGUUUGGUUCGGCACGCACUGAUGACCUGCACGCACUGCUGGCCGGAAUGAAGACACAGGGCAGUGAACACUUUGGUGGCCUAAUGGUGAAGAAGUUCCGUCUAUUUCUAAUGGGCUGCCUGCUGGAACAUUGUCUGUGCAGCCACGGUGAGAUUCCGCACGGUGAGCGGACCUAUUCCUCCGCAGCAUCUCUCAUUGGUGCAGAAGCCAUCAAUUUCUCCGGUACGGUGCUCGACGAUGGUGACAUCAUGGCCGUCAGCAACAUACUGCAGCUACUGCCAGCUGGAUGUGCGUGCAGCCUUGAUCUGAGCAACUGCAUGCUUUCAGCACAGCAGCUCGUGUCUGUCGCGCCGUGGCUGCACAAAGCCAGCAGUGUACAGCUCUCCGGUAACGAUCUCAGUGGACCACCUCUGCGCGCCAUCGGACACUGCUUGAAGCAGUCAUCUGGCGGCCUCCAGUCACUGUGCUUGACAUGCACCAGUUUGGUUAGGCCUGGAGAGGACGGAAUGGCCCUCGCUGAUUGCUUAUCACACUCAACACUGACGUUUCUCUCCUUGAAGUCCAGUCAGCUUGGCAAUGUCGGUUUGGCAAGGCUUGCUGAAUGCAUGCCAGAUUGCCCAAACCUUGAGCUCCUUUCCUUCGGAGAUUGCUCGCUGAGUGAGGGCUGUGGAUCCAGUCUGGCUCAUAUUGUGCGCCGAGUGUCUGGACUCCAGCAGCUGUUUCUGUAUCGCAACCGCCUUAGGAACAACGAUGCCAGCCUCGUGCUGACGGCACUUUGUUCAUCACACUCGCUCAUCAAGUGCAACAUCGAUGACAAUCUGCUUGAUAAUGAUAUUCUUGGCAGUAUGCGUGACUUCUUGCGUGCACGUCAUGAGUUGUCACCAUUGCUCCUCUCGGCCGCACGCAUUGCUAAGUCUGCUGGUGGCCGCAGGCCUCUGUCCCAUUGUAUCAUCAGUAUCAGUGGAAACCGAGCCGAUCGCCAUCUGCUGGAUCAGCUUGCGGCUUCUGGGGUUGCCCGCAGUGGUGAUGAGGUGUAUCUUGGUGGCCUAUCCCUGGCAGCAGACUCCGUGCAGCCAAAGAGCAUGAAAGCCCUCCUGUCCGAGCACGGUGGAAGCCUGGAAGGCUUUGUGUCAGAUGAGUUGGUCGCUGAUCUCGGCAACUGUCUAGCUGCAGAUGCAACCCUGCGGGAGAUCUUCCUCCGGCACAGUCAGCUCAACGACAUUGGCAUACAAGCUUGGGCAAUGUGUGGCCCUAGCUGCUACCAGAACGUGCAGGUUGUCGACGUCGGCUCCAACAACAUUGGGCUGAGCGGCGCAGCCGUGCUUGUGGAUGCGUUUCGCAACUCUCCAGCACUGCGUUGCCUGCGACUAGACGGCAACCCCAUCUUUGCCGGCGGUACAACCACGGUCCAAGGGGAACCCAGUGCAGAGUAUGAGCUGCUGUUUGCCGCCUUGUCGGAGCUGAAUAACCUCAGAUGCCUGACACUGGACAAGACGGAUAUGCAGGUGUCCGUAGCGGAAAGGCUCAUGCUGACGGUGAAGCAGAUGUCACCGCUUGUCUUCCUCGGUGUAUCGUGUAACGACUUGGGAGACCGCAUUGCCGAGCUACUGGUGGAGCACCUGGAAUGCGGAGGUUCGCUGGCGAUAGUGGACCUGCAGAACAAUGGCAUCACUGCCACUGGUGUACAGCUGCUAGCGAGUUGCACUGCCAUCACUGAGAACAUGGAGCAUGUCUGGCUGUGCGGGAACAGCCUCUCCGGCCAACGGCUUUGCCGUCCAUUGUCCACCACCGACCACGUGUAUGACUUUGACUUCCUAACCCACAUGGUGGAUGAGUGCAGCCAGUGAAGUAAGUACUGAACAUGUGCGCUCUAUCACCGCUAGGCCCAUAGUCUCUAUCACCGCUAGGCCCAUAGUCUCUAUCACCGCUAGGCUCAUAGUCUUGUACAGCUUGGCGCCAUGACCUGCGAGUAGCUAGAAUGUUGAUAACAAAUUCAACUUGACCUGAACUCUAUCUCAAAUAAUUCCUUGAGCCACUUAAAGUCAUUUCCGACUAGUCUAUCAUUCUGAAAUGCUUCGCUUUGGCACACGCUGUUCCGUUGAGAAUGACCACCGUUGUGUUUCCCAGCAUGGGACUGUUUUUGAGUGUUCCAUAUUUCCAUGCUCGCAAUCCUGCACGAGAAGUUAUUGCUGUGUUUGUGUGUGUGUGAGUGUGUAUAUGUGUGUACACGAAUGUGCAAGGCUCCAGAGGCACAUAUGCCAGGCAUACCAGUUCUAUCCCAUUUCCUAGUUGUUCCAGCCUAGAUAAGCAAGUCAAAGUAUUUUUUCCUUGCGAUUCUUUCAAAUUCGAUCAUGCUCAUUGGGGUUUCUUUCUGCUGAUUUGUUAUACUUCAAGUGCCACUUUUUUUUCAUUUCAAUAUGAAGUCCUGAUUCUUUGUCUAGACUCUGCGAGAUCCUUUUCCAGAGUGAUUCAAAGGCCCCGAUAUUUUUCUUGUUGAAAUAACUGAGUUACGUUUGAAUGACAAAUCAUACUACUAACUUCCCAAUUCUUCCA